AUGCCGUCCUCAUGCAAAGACAUCCGAGCAGCGCUAGCAGAAUGUCUCCAGAACUCCGAUUGCGUUAUGGUUCAGCGCAAUAAACCCAGUGAUUGCAUUCGCCCACCAUUGUCAGAGACGUUACCAACCCAAUGCCAGCAGUUAAAGAGAAGCUAUGGCCAGUGCAAGAGAGGAAUGGUCGAUAUGAGGAAACGGUUCCGUGGUAACGCACCGAUUGGGUCAAGCAAAGAGGUCGAAGGAAGUGGGAGGGUACAGCUGUACGGAGGCAGGCCUAUGUAUCCCGAGCAGGGGGUAGGGGGCGAGGGGGAGUCCGGCGAAGGGAAGAAGGAAUAA